GCCGUGAUCUCAGAGCUGUUCAGCACCUUGUUCCGACCUUGGAAGGCUGAAGCUACUGACUGAACAGACAAGAUAUUCUACAAAAGAGAUACUAAUUAUCACCAUGAAGCUGCUGACUGUGUCUGCACUUCUUUGUGCAAUGAUCGCUCUGACCACUGCUGCCAAUGAAGUGGGUAAGGAUGGGUCUGAAUCAAAUCCCCCAGGAGAGCAUCUUGUUGAGAAGAGAUCUGCAUUUUUUUGGAGACCCUGGGGUUGGACUAGAUAUAGAAACCGAUACUAUCACUUCUUUCCCAAUCAACUGACUUGGGCUCAGGCGCAGAGACACUGUCAGUCCCUGAAUGCAAAUCUGGCGUCUGUGCGCAACCUCGGAGAGUACCGAGCGAUUCAGAGGGUCAUACUUAAUGGUGCUCAUAAUCAUGUCCCUACAUGGAUUGGAGGCUCAGAUGCUCAACAGGAGCGUUAUUGGUUUUGGAUCGAUGGAACCCGUUUCACAUAUGCAAACUGGUGUCACGGAGAGCCUAACAAUGUCAGGGGCAGAGAGAACUGCCUGCAUAUGAAUUGGACAGGAAACCUCUGUAUGAAUGACAUACCCUGUGACGCCAGAUACCCAUUUGUCUGCGCCAGGAAAGUCAGACGAUCUCUGGGAUGAAGGCUUGGUUCACCGGUCUUUAGAGCAAAUAAUCUCAUAAAUCCAGCUUAAAAUGUUUGUCUUCUUACAUCUUUACUUCUUUUAGUUCACCGCAACGCUACAUAAGGAAUGAGUUGAAAAAUGAUGCAACCUGUAGAUGGAUUGUCUCUUUUAAUAAGAACAAACUGAGUGUGUAAUGGAAAGAAUGCUUUAAGCUUUCACUUUACUUCCCUGAAUGAACAUCAUCUUCAUUAUUAAACCUUUAAGCAUUGAA